AUGUUUAAUAAAACAAUGAAAUAUAACGAGUUAAAUUCAUUGAUCUAUCUAGUGUGUAUCGUUUUAAUUUUUGGUGCAAUAAAUGUACAAGGUAGAAAAUUAGUGAGAACAUCUGGAAAUGACAUAAACGAAAUGGAAGAUGAUUUCAAAGCUGUAUUUGACAUGAUAGAUAAACGAAAAUUUGGUCCUUCAGAUGAAACAGAUCCUCCUGGUUGGGAAACAGAUACAAAAUAUGAAAAAGAAAUACGCAUUGGCAAAGUGAAGAGAGGAGGAAAAGCUGGGUCAGGUCAAGGAAUUGAGAAAAUAGUAUUCAAGAAGAAGAAACCUUUCGAUAAAAAGGAUUCUAGACCAGGUAAUGUAUAG